AACCCUGUUGUCAAAUCACAGCUGAAAAUAGAGAGCAGAGGGAGCGACGGAGCAGUCAUUUCCCUGAAGAUCCAUUCAUGUAAAAUACAGUUAUUCAAGCCUCCCUCCUCCUUACUCAAUCGUCUUAUUCAUCUCUCUCUCUCGUCUGCAAAAACCAAACGCUCCUUGUCUCCGGCUUUUUGCUUUGUGCUCACGUACAUCCAAGCGAGCGCCUCGUGUGCGUGCGUUUUUCGCCGCUCUUCCCCGUCAGAGGAACGUCCUUGGCCUGUCCGACCCGCGUGCUCCCACCGAGAUCUCCGUCAAACACCUGGGGGCGGGCUCUCCCGGGCCGCUCCCGCCAAUCGGGGCGCCCGCCAGUUAAUGACAUCAGUUAGCGGAGGAUCUUUAGGACCGGCCCCUCGAGGUGAUUCGCCGGCGAGAGCGAGUGCUCUUAUUGUUAUGAUGAUUAAGUGUUGUAUGAAGGGCUAUCAGAGGAGAGCCCUUUAAUGAAAGUGGAGCACAGAGAGCGGAGGCAGCGGCGACGGCGGAGCUGCGUCGGGAAACGGAGGGAGAAGCCGAGCUGGAAGUGGAGCGAGAGGGGAAACGAAGGAGGGGUUUAAAGUGGAGGAAGACAGGGAUGGAGAGAAAGAGGAAGUGCGGGGCUGAAUAUUCAGCAGCCGGUUCCAGACUUGCUGACUCCUGGUGUUCAUGCUCUGAAUGUGGCAUGAGACGUGGAGAGGCAGGAAGCGGCUGGAAAUGAGCGAAAGGGGAGAGAGAGAGAGAGCGAGUGAGAGAGAGAGAGAGAACAAGUGCAUCUGAGCAUAAUCACACACCAAUACGCUUGGUUUUUGUCUUUUCAUGUGCGCCUUGUGUUUACGUGGGCAUGCGUGAGCGCUGGAGUUUCCCCCGCCGCCUGCUGAAUUAGUGGAACGCCUUGCCUCAGAGGAACAUUCCGCCCUCAGCUGCUCCGGCGCUGUUGGAAAUACGCAGGAGUGAGCCCUGGGCUGGAUGGGACCCACCAUGCCCCCCAGUAAGAAGGCCCAGAGCCCCAGCAGCGGCGCCAGCGCCUCGCAAGGCAUGAGCCCGCCGUACCGGCAGGGGGACGCCGCCACGGCGGCGUCGGAGGCGGAGGCGGCCGACCUCUCCCUGUCCCUGUCCGCCUCCUUCUCCAAGGCGGAGGACGAGGAGCUCACCAGCCUCUCCUGGCUGCACGAGAGCACCGACCUCCUCAACAGCUUCAGCCACUCGGGGCUGCGCAGCGUCUCGCCCCUGCAGGACCCCGACGGGCAGCACCCCCGCUCGCCCUCCUCCUCGUCCCCCUCCCCGGACGACCCCCUGCUGGGAGACGCGCACUCGGCGUACGACCUGGCGGGCGGCGCCAACCGCAAGCCGCCGUACUCCUUCAGCUGCCUGAUCUUCAUGGCCAUCGAGGACGCGCCCAACAAGCGGCUGCCGGUGAAGGAUAUCUAUGGCUGGAUCCUGGAGCACUUCCCGUACUUUGCCAGUGCCCCCACGGGCUGGAAGAACUCAGUGCGCCACAAUCUAUCGCUCAACAAGUGCUUCAAGAAAGUGGAUAAGGACCGGAGCCAGAGCAUAGGCAAAGGCUCGCUGUGGUCCAUAGAUCCGGAGUACAGGCACAACCUGAUCCAGGCGCUCAAGAAGACGCCGUAUCACCCCUACUCGCCCGGCCUGGCCACCCCCUCCACCUCCCCACCCACCCUCCCUCAGACAUUUCACCACAGUCCUCCAUUGUGGUCGGGGAGUCCCCUCUUCAGAAAGAACGGAGGAGUUCUCCUACAAGUUCCGCGUAGUGUGAUCCAAAAUGGCGCCCGCGUCCGGAGCCAAGCCCUCUUCCCUGUGAUCAGACCCCUACCUGUUAGCCCUGUGGGGAGCAGGACCUCGGCCAUAAGAUCAUCCCUGGGAGAUUAUCUGAGCCGAGGACAAGACAGCCCGUCCCGCUACUCACCUCCGCUCUGCAGCGAGGACCUCCAAGACGACCACACCUACAGCACAGCCAAAUCCCCCAACGGGCUGUGCUCCUCCCAGGUCGGCGCCCCUUCCUCUCCCCUGGACGAUGACGAUAUCAUCGCCGUGGAGAUCCAAUCAGACGUCAAACCCGAGCCCCGGGAAAUCCCCUUGGAUUCUCACAUCACCACCGCUGCCACUACCUACAUUUCCCAACAGGCCCUGCGCGGACAGAGACGUAGCUCCGGGGCAGGGGCUGGGACUCUGGCGGGGAGCAGUUUGCCCUGGACCAAAAACCGAGCGAGGGGAAUUAGCGACACGCUACCCCUGAAGAAGCGCCGCGCGGCGGCGGCGGUGGAGAAGCCGGAGAGCGACGACGAGGAGAUGAAGGAGGCGGCGGGGUCGCUGCUCCACCUGGCGGGGGUCAGAGCCUGCCUCAACAACAUCACAAACCGCACGGCCAAGGGCCAGAAAGAGCAGAAGGAGGCCCUGAGAAACUAAGACGCACACAUAGAACAAGUACACAGUCGUGCAAACACACAGACACAAGCAUUAACACACAUAUAGUAUACAAUACACACAAUAGGUUAACAGGUAACGUUACUACAGCAUUAGUCUCAACGGACACUUCUCAUCUCCCUCUAUCUAUCUGCAGGGCAUUAGGUGAAUCCUACUUAUUUGUGGCAAUAUCAAAAAUCUAUGUUUUCCUACAUAUACAUGUUCAGCAACACUAACAUCAGUGGGUAUUUUUCACGUGUCUUUGUUCUUUUUGUUGUUUAAAAGGGGAUGAAAGCCAUAAAAAAGCACGUUUUGUCACUAAUUCGGACAAGUCGAAUCACAUUGCAGCACAGUACGCGAGCGGAAGAUGGCUGUUUGUCUUACCUUCCUGUCUUUUUUUUUUUUUUUUUUUUUUUCUCGUUUCUAUGUGAAUCUGUAGCAAUCUCGCGGUGAUGCCAGCGGCGGCGGCCGAGCCGACGGGGACGCGCCCCGUUUAAACGAGACCCUCGGGCCGCCCGCUAGCAUCACUCCUCUACAUCCACGAGCACAAAUGUGAGACUGUGCCAAAGAUAAGCGACCAGGUUGCUUCAUGUAGCCGAUACGACAGCUGACAAAAAAAAAAAAGAACGGGAGCGAGAGAGAAGGCGGCAUAGUAGUAACGACAAAGCAUAAGAGUGAAUGACCUCAAGUGUCAAGAUAAUUGUAAAACCCGAUGUGAUAUAUAUUCAUGCACUUAAGAUUAUUUUACGCCACUUAUAAUAAAAGCAUCAUGGGACAUGAUGACAUGGUUUAUUUCAAGAGCACUCAUAGUAUUUAAGAAUAGAUAUAUUAAAAUCUUUAAAAAAAAGGUCACGUUUAUCACCAUAGAGAUGGAUAGUGUGCCGGGUCUGAGGCAAUAUCUCCUUCAUUUUGUUGUUGUUGUUGCAUAAUGUAAGUGUCCCUAAAAACCUUCCCAGUACUUCUGUCCAUAGACAUAGACACCUGGUAUAGAUAUCGUAGCUACCAGAAGCUACCACACCUUCCUCUUCAUAUGACAGUGUCAAAGAACUAUAUACAUAAACUGUGGGUUUAGAUUUCUGUUUGUGUCUGUUUACCCUCACUCUACCCUCAUAAAGAUAUAAGCAAUUUGUCCCGAGCGGACAACUCUGUAAAAAGGUUAGAAAAUAUUUUAUUUUUUUCCUUUCUUAAUUGAAGCAAUUUGACCUGCAGGACUUUCUCAGUUAUAUUGCAUGGGUGCUUGUAAAUAAGAUAAAAAGCAAAUCUUUUUUAUUCAAAGAUCAUGUAAGAUAAACAAUGUAUUUAGCAUGAAGCAUGACUUAUUUUCAUAUAAACCUUGAUCCUAGAGGAAAGAAAAAAAGUUUUGCCGCCAAUUCUUAUACCCGUUAUAAUGAAGUUUUUUUGUUUGUUUUUGUUUGUUUUGGGUUUUUUUUUUAUCAUUUGGGUUCUGUUUUUUCUGAGCGGGCUUUUAAAGACACGUCUUCAGGGAGGACCGUGGGAGAUCACUCUGCAAUUAGAGGCCCGAAGGUGCCACCUCUGGGCUCUGGGUUCAGGCUACGUAGGCCAGAUCAAUCACCUCUUAGGGGGUGCGCUUCCGUCUCCUUCUGCCUGUACAGUGUUCUUUUUUGUUCUUUUUUUAUGGUUUCGUUUUGUUUUUUUGGUGUUCUGUGUUAACCCCGGUGUUAUUUCAGAAUACGUCUGUAGAGUGUGCGAGUUUGUGCGCCCAGGAACACACACCCUUUAACAUUGUGCCUGCCUGCCUGCCUGCCCUCAGUACCUCUGUUGUCAUGUCUCUGACAUGUUUUGACAGAAAGUUACCUGUCUUUAUUUAUAACAGUAUUGUUUUUUUUCCUCUUCUGUGUGUAAAUGUACAUGUGUCCUGGUUUUCCAUCGACAUUGUUCAGUGUAAAUGUUUGGAUCAGACGGGCAUGGAAAACGUAGGUGUCCUGAAAGAACCUCAUAUCUCCAAAAAUGCUACUUGAGAGUUAAAUUGAAUAGAAAGAGGAAUGUAGGACAUGAUUUUAGACACGACAAGGUUAUUAUUGACAUACAGUAUUGUUAACCCUUUUCUUAAAGGUAUUUCUGGCCUUUAUGGAUAUCACGUUUGCAUUCUGUCUAACACAGACCCCAGUCUGGAGAUCAGAGGCAGAUUUUUUUAAAUAUAUAUUUUGCCAAGUCUUUCUAUAUCUCACUUAGGGUUGUGAAACGGACAGCCCUGACCUUUGACCUUUUUUGCAUCGGAAGCGAUAGCAGUGGAUUCUGCCCGGCCACGCAUUAGCUCAAACAGUCAAGUAUUAACUGAAAAAGCACCUUUGUGAGACGCGACAGCGGCCGAGUUUGGUUGUAGCAGCAGACUCGGACGCCGAGCGGGGUGUCCCGUCCACCGUCUAUCGCCACCUGUUGCAUGCAUCACCGGCUUCGCGUUACGUACGGUAUCCAUGCCGACAUUUAAAAGAGCCCGAGAGGCGCUGCUGUCGGUGUUCUCGUCGUGUGCCAUCCGCCUCCCGUCCGGUAUCCGUCGCAGCCCAGGUCAAGCACUGUGCUGUAUGCGCAGUAACAACCCGGUGUUGUGUUGACUAAAUAACGUGUUCAGUUGGCAAAAGGCAUGUCGAGGGGCAAGCGCGUUGCUUUGGCAACCAGCUCUUUCCCUCUGACUCACUCAGCGACAUGCAGGAAAGAUGACCUCCUGACCUACAAGUCAUGGAAGAACAGAGCAACACGCAAACUAUCGCCAGGACAUUUUAAAGCAACGGGAAAAAUCGUUCACUGCCCGAAAAUCUCAGAGAACAAGCGUUUCUAUCAAAGCUGCCAAACGUAACGGUGACACACUCUAAAAAACACAGUUGCCAUUUUUUAGUGCACAUUUUCAUUUUGUGUUUUGUUUUCUCUCUGACUAAUACUUCAAUACUGCCAUUACUUUCCGGUGACUGUCUGAGCUGAAUAUUGGAAAGCCAUAGGUUAGAGAUGUCAAAAAGCAAAACUGUUAUUGAUCUGUGAGAUGUGAUGCAGAGUACACCCAGGUGUUGUUUUUUUUCAGUAAAUGUUCAAUUCCCUCCUUAUUGUGCAAUCAUAUUGCCAAAGAAUGAUUUCAAAACCUAUUGCAUCACUACAUGUAAAUAUCAACGUUGUCCAAUACUGUGGCAAAAAAAUAUAUAAAUGUUGUUUUAUUUUGUUUUCCAUUUUCUGAAAAACUACAAUGAUGUUUAUGUGAUGUAUUGUCUUCCAGUUGGUUGCAAUAAUAAAAAAUACGAGUUGCA